AAAAAAAAUACCUGGACUCUCCCGCAAGAAAAGAAAAGAAUCCCCCGCUACUACCAAACACUCUACAAUGGAAGAACACACGACGACCACCGCACACCCGAACCAAAACCUAAUCACACAAUUCUCCGAAAUCACCUCCGCUUCCCUUCAAGAAGCCACUUUCUUCCUCGAAUCACACAAUUUCGAUCUCGAUUCCGCCGUUUCCACCUUCUUCGAAACUUCCUCCGCCGCUGCCGCAGCCGAUCAACGAAACCCUAACCUUAACCCUACCAUUCCAACCGAUGAUCUCGCUUCUCCGGAUUCUUCACCGUCUCGUUCCCGAUCAGCUUCUCCACCUCCGUCUUUUGGUUUACAACAAGUAGCUGCUGCUGGUGGUGGAAAUCCGUAUAAUCUUCGGUCUCGGAAUGCCGGUGGUUCGGAUAAGAAGAAGGCGUCUAGUAGUCGGAUUCGAACGUUUUCCGAUCUGAAUCAAACCGGCGCUGGUAAUUCCGGUGAUGAUUCUGAUGAGCCUCAGGAGUACUAUACUGGUGGUCAUAAGAGUGGAAUGCUUGUUCAGGAUCCUAAAAAGGUGAAUGAUGUGGAUGCACUCUUUAACCAAGCUAGACAAGCAGGAGCUGAACAAGGACCUCCUGAUCAAGUCCAACCAUCUUCAAGCUCCAGAUUCUUUGCUGGAAGAGGAAGAAUUCUGUCUGGAGUGACAACAUCAUCUGAUGCACCUCAGCAAGUUGAAACUGAACCCCACACACACACCAUCACUUUCUGGACCAAUGGUUUCACUGUGAAUGAUGGUCCUUUGAGGAGGCUGGAUGAUCCUCAAAAUGCAUCUUUCUUAGAGAGCAUAAGAAAAUCUGAGUGUCCCGAUGAACUUAGGCCUCCAAAAGGAAGAGCACCUGUCCAUGUUAACCUUGUGAAGAAGUUGGAGGAGUACCCUGUCCAGAAACACCGCCCUGCUGCCUUUGCGGGGGUGGGUAGAACCUUAGGCACUGCCAGUUCUUCAGAUGAUACAGCUGCCACCAGUGCCUCUGUUCCUUUAGCCGCUGCCCCAGCCCCAUUUGUGGGACUAGCUGUGGAUAGCACAUUACCCUCUACCUCCAUACAACUGAGAUUGGCUGAUGGGACCCGUAUGGUUUCACGCUUCAAUUUGCACCACACUAUAAACCAUAUCCGUUCUUUCAUUGAUGCAUCAAGACCCGGAGGGUCCAGGACUUAUCAGUUACUGACCAUGGGAUUUCCUCCAAAGCAGCUCAACAAUUUGAGUCAGACCAUUGAAGAUGCUGGGUUAGCUAAUUCCGUUGUCAUCCAGAAACUCUAAAAAGUUUGCACUCGCAUAUCUUUGUACUUUAAAUACACUAAUGGAACCCUUUCUCUCCUUCAUUUGAUCCAUAUAUACAUGGAGUUAACAAUUGGGUCACUUUUGACUCUUUUCAUUGGUAUUAGGAUACUGUUUCAAUGAUAUAAUAUGGUCUUUUACCUAUAUCCAGGCAUUCAAGAUUCCAGUUUCA